CCCAGGCGCCCCUGCUUACGCAAGUUCUUGGGGGGAGCCCUCUCCGUUAGGCUCUCUACAGCCAGGAAGGCCGGCUCAAGGCGAACGGGUGAUGGAAGACUGGGAAACUUAGAACUUGCGCUGGGUCUCCAUGGGCAGUGAUGGAGCACCCAGUGAUGGACACUGGCUCACUUUAUACUUCUGGAAUUAACAGACAUGGGAAAGACAAAAGAAUUUCAAAGACUGGGAAGUUGAAUGUUUCUCUUGCUUCAAAAAUCAAAACAAAAAUCCUAAACAAUUCUUCUAUUUUCAAAAUUUCUUUAAAGCACAACAACAGAGCAUUAGCUCAGGCUCUUAGUAGAGAGAAAGAGAAUUAUCGAAGAAUUACAACUGAAAAGAUGCUAUUGCAAAAAGAAGUAGAGAAACUGAAUUUUGAGAACGCAUUUCUUCGCCUAAAACUAAAUAAUUUGAAUAAGAAGCUUAUAGAAAUAGAAGCACUCACGAACAAUAGCUUGAUAACUGCAAUUGAAAUGAGCACUCUUUCUGAGUUUCAUCAGAGUCCCUUUCUACUCUCAAGUAUCAAGAAGAAACGGGUUAGUAAACAGUGCAAGUUUGUACGUCUUCCAUUUGCAAGGGUUCCAUUAACUUCAAAUGAUGAUGAUGAUGAUGAUGAUGAUGAGAAAGAGAAAGAGAAAAUGCAAUAUGAUGACAGUGCUAUAUCAAAGAUAUCACCUGAUAUUCCCUCUUCGGUAUCAACAGGGCAACCUUUAUCAAACCAAAGUUCCGUUAGUUCUCUAAUGAGUGAGAUGAAAAAUGCCCAGUCGAUCAGCCACAGAAAGGAGAAGCCAUCUCUCAGUAAUGUAACCGAAAGGAAGAAACAUGUAUUAUCUCAGGAAUUAAAUAAUCCUGUCAGUCCUCAUAUGACAGAUUUAGAUCAACAACACAUUUCAAGUCCAGAAUUAAAUUGGAAUAAUAAGAUAAAUUAUCAUACUAAUGAAAAGAAUAUUGAAAUGCAAGGAAACAUCCAAUGGCUUCCUGUCUCAUCUGAGUCUACAAGCGAACCUACUGCAGAGUACAAGAAUCCAUUUCAAGGUAGUGAUGACUUUCAGUUGCAGAAAACUGUGUAUGAUGCUGACAUGGAUUUAACUGCUAGUGAAAUAAGCAAAAUUGUUACAGUUUCAACGGGCACUAAAAAUAAAAGCAAUAAAAAAUCAAAUGAUUGUGAAAUAAAAACUUUCAGAAAAGUGAGGGAUUCAAGCUCUGAAAAAAAGAGAGAAAGAUCAAAGAGACCAUUUAAAAAUAGUUCAGAUAUCAAUAUCGAGGAAAAGAUUGAAAAUGGACCAGAAAAAAGAUCAGUUAUCUUGAAUGGCAAAGGGGAUUCAGACGAUCCAAAUUUUAUGUUCAAUACUGAGCAGCUGACUCAGUUGAACAUACUGAAGAAAGUAACCCUUCAUGAUGACUUUGAUCAAGAUAAGAGACAAACUACACAGUGUAAUAAAAAAAAGAAAAUGCAUGUAACAAAUGAGCAAGAAGAAGCAUACUCUUUCUCUCAAAGUUUAGAUAAAUUCCAUCAGGAGAGUAAAUUUAGUAUGGGUCAGAGUUCUCUAGCUUGUCAUAAAAGUAAAGCUUCUAGACAGACUGUGAUUUCUAAGUUAGAAAAUGAUAACUUACUCUCAAACCAAAAGAAUAAAGAAACCACUUCUGAAAACCCAGAAGUCACAAGUGAAUUUCAAACAGCUGAUCUUUCCACUAAAGAUAAUGAAAGUUUAUAUGAUUAUGAGGCCCAGAAUAUGUCAGAUUUGAAAAAGCAUGUCCCUGAUAUGCAGCCUGCUCAGCAAAAUGAAUCAAAAAUAAAUGAGAAGCUUAGGCAGAAAAUAAAUCGGAAGACAGAAAUAAUUUCUGAAACAAACCAAAUAUAUAGGGAUAGUGCUAAAGUUGUGCAUGGCCCAGGAGAAGGUAACUUCUCCUUCCAAACCCAAGUGAAUAAAGAAAUUAUUAGAAACCUAAAAGCUUCAGAUGAGUUUCAAAAACCUGCUCUUUCCACCAUUGAUAAUGGAAAUUUAUAUAAUUGUGAGAUCCAAAAUGUAUUGGAUUUGCAAAAGCAGAUCACUGAUGUGUACCCUGUUCAGCAAAAUGAAUCAAAAGUUCAUAAUCUUAGGCAGAAAGUAAAUCGGAGGACAGAAAUAAUUUCUGAAGUGAAUCAUUUAGGUAAUGAUAAGAAUGUGUAUUGCCCAGAAAAGGGUAAUUCUUUCUUCCUAAGCCAGAAGGAUAAAGAAAUCGUCCCUGAAAAUCUAACAGACCCAAGUGAGUUCCAAACACCUGCCCUUUCUACCAAAGAUAGUGGAAGCCUGUAUGAUUAUGAGACUCAAAAUGUUCUGAGAGUAGAAGAGCAUGUCUGUGGUAUGCAACCUGCUUGUCAGAAUGAAUCAAAAAUAGGUAAGAAGCUUAGGCAAAAGGUAUGUCAGAAGACAGAAAUAAUUUCUGAAAUCAACCGAGUAUAUGAGAAUGAUGACAAAGGUACACAUGACCCAGAAAAAGAUAACUUACUUCCUCUUAACCAAAAGGAAAAAGAAAUCAUCCCUGAAAACCUAAAAGACUCAGAUGAGCUUCAGAAAGCCGAUCCUUCCAACAGAGGUGAUAGGAACCUAUGUCAUUAUGAGACUCAAAACAUUUUGGGGGUGAAAAAGCAUGUUACCGAUAUGCCACCUACAAAGCAAAAUGAAUCAAAAAUAAAUAAGAGGCUUAGGCAGAAAGUAAGUCGGGACACUGAAAUAAUUGUGGAAAUGAACCGGGCAAAUGAGUUUAAAAAAAAAGAUAUUCAUGACCCAGAAGAAAGUAACUUCUUUUCUCUAAAUCAAACAGGUAAAGAAACUAUUUCUAAAAACCUAGAAGUCACAAGUGAAUUACAAACAGCUUGUCUUCCCACUCCCAAUAAUGGAAAUCUAUAUGAUUAUGAGGCACAGAAUGUGUUGGGUUUGAAAAAGCAUGUGACUGAUAAGCAACCUUCUCAGCAAAAUGAAUCAAAAAAUAAGAAACUUAGGCAGAAAGUAAAUCAGAAGACAGCAAUAAUUUCUGAAAGGUAUGAAAUAUAUGGGGAUAAUGAUAAAGAUGUACAGGAUCAAGAAAGCUAUACAAAAGAUCUUGCUUUUCAAGUAAAUAAAUCUAAACAAAGACUUGAAUGCCAAAGUAUUAUCAGUGGAUACUCUAUGGAAAUAGAUAGUAAUGAAAAGGAAAAUUGUGACCAAGCUUCAAAUCCUUAUAAAUUAGUUAAAAAGCAUGGGAAAGAAUCAUCAGGCAAGUCAAAGAUUUUGGCAAAAGGUAAAAACAAAUGUAUUUCACAGUUACCAGAUUCUUUACAGACAUCUGUCUCCUUAGAAUCAGGUUUAAAAUAUAUUACUAAUGAAGCAGAUUCUGAUCCUGAUAAGCACAUGGACCUACAGGAGAAUCUGAAGCAAAGCCCUACAACUCUGAAUGAAAAAAGAGAUAACCCCUUUGUGGAAGUGGUAAAAGAAGAAGAGUGCCAAGUCAGAAAAGUAAACAAAACAUCAUCUAAAUCAAAGAAAAAGAAGAUCAUCUAUCCUUCUUCAGAUAGCCAUAAGGUAAUGCAGAUAAUAUCUGACACUGACCCGGGAAUAUCAGUUGAAUCUGGACAAGAUGCUAAGGAAAAAAUUUCAGAAAAUGAGGAAGUUGUCAAAAUGAAGCCAGAGUUUUACACAAAGACAUUUCAAUCUUUUUCUCAGGUAUAUUCACCUAACAUACAAGAUUCUUCCUUUAAGAGUGCUCAUGAGGAUUCAGUCCCUCUGAGUAUUUCUCCUAGUAAAAAUUUGAUGAUAAAAGAAAAUUUUGCCCUGGAGAGCUCACCAAUCUUUCAAAUAAGUGGUGAUGUACAUGAGAAGAUGAAAGGGAUGAAAUUCAACCAGAGAACACAAAAAUCAGGAAUAGGCUGUAGAACACUACAGGACUUGACAAAUACCAAUUUUGUUUCAAAUAAUGCUGUUAAAGCUGAAAAUAAGUCAGAAAAUCCAUCUUUAGAACCACCAAGCCGGAGAAGAAGGUGUACUCCUCUUUUUUUAAAGGAGCCAAAUCUCAAAAGGAAGAUGAGAAGAUAAGAUGUAUUUAUGGAUUCUGGUUUUUUUUAAUUCAAACCAUACCAAGUCAAAACAGGGAUAUAACAAGAUUCCAGAAGAUGAGAUGAAUGCACGAUGGAAGCUUUUUUCUGCUCCUCCUUUUCAUGAGUAUUAAUUUAUCCAUUCUUAUGUUUACAUAUAUGUGUUUAAGAUAGCUAUUUUGUAAUAUUAAACUUCUGAAGUCAUUUGGUCAUCCUAUAACUUAUCUUCCUGUUUUUGUAAGCUUCUUUCGACCUGACAGCCUUUGACUAAGUAAAAGCUGUUAACCUUUUAACCAAAUAAAAUGUGUUGUAAAUAUUUUUGCAUUGGUUAUCUUGUUGCAUACCAAGCUAUCUUGUUUUGUUGUGUUUUUAAACCAUCCAAUAUAUUUGAACACCUAGAAGAUUUUAAAAGCUGCCUUGUGCCCUUGGCCAGUUUUCUGGGACCCUUCCUUCUUACACCUCAGAAUUACCUGUUAGGUAUCAGUUUCUGUAUUAUUUCCAUUCUGUGUAAUCUGAUGACUUGACUGAGGGGCUUAACCUUUCAGGCUCUUUUAAAUUUGGUUUUUCUAACUUUAUUUUAAAAAUCACUUACUAUACUAGUAGAAAGUAAGAAAUCCUAUUCAGAUCUGAUAAGAUCAAUGAACAUAACUUACUCUGUUCAAGUGACAAGUCAAAUUCUAUUGUGCCUAGGUAGAAAAGCUUGCUUAGAUAAUGUCUGACAAAUGAAAGGGUAGACUCAGUGUUUUUAAAAAACACUUCAGAUUAUCCUGGGGCAGACUGUCCCAGGACCAAACUUUGAGGAACUGCUGUAGGAGUGCAAAGUCCCAUGGAACUUACUCAAAAUGUUGACAAUGUGGGUUGAAUGGAGAAGCCUUCUUAAAGGAACAGUUUAUACAAUGAUUAAGAGCUUGGCACCCUGACAGUCUUUGUUCUCUUUCCUGCAGACCUAUUACUUGGAGACUAUGGACCUCCUAGAGUUACUCUCCAGUAUUACAUUUUUUUUCCUAUUGCUUAUUUCUAUUUUUCCUCCUUGCAAAUUGUUUUUCAAUUUAUGUAGCCAAAUUUAUCAACUUUUAUUGCUGGUGGAAUUUGGUCACAGUAAAAAACUAUUUUCCUACUUCCAAACAUUUACCCAUGGUUUCAUUGUGUUCUUACAUUUAAAUUUCUGACUCAUGUGGAUUUUUUUCUAUUAUAUGGGAUAUGAAUGCAAUUCCAACCUUUUUCCAAAUGAUUCCCCAUUAAUUAGAAGGUCCAUGUUUCCCACUAUUGAUUUGAAAUGCCACCCUUUUUUAUGUUGUAUUUCCAUGUGCACUUAAAUUUAUUUCUCCAUUUUCUGUUUUAUUAGUCUGUGUGUGUGUUUAUGCCCCACUAUCAUCCUCUCUAGACGUUAGGGGGAGUUUCAAAGUUUCCCUCCUAGAACUUUUACAUACUUCUUAAUAAGUUUAUGCUUAGGUAUUUUAUUUUUUUUCUUGGUAACAUAAAUGGGACCUACCCUUUGAUUCUCUUACCUAAUUAUUAUUUGCAUAUAUGUGUUGAUUAUUGAUUUCUGUAUGUUAAUUAUACCCAUUGUUUGUAGUACUUUCCAGACAUAUGUCCUGAAAACUAAGCUAUCUUUUACCUCUUUUUUUUUCCUUCCAAAUCUUAUUCCUCUCAUUGCUUUCUUUUGUCUAGUUAAUUGUAUGCCUGCUACGUUAAGUAGCAUGUUAAAUGGUAGUGAGAAGACUAGGUAUCCUUGUAUUGUUACUGAUUUUCAUGGGAAUGCCUCUGGUUUUAUCCUAAUAAGUAAGAUACUGGAUUUUGAGCUGGUUAUGUAUAAUUCAU